AGGUCUCAGAAGCCCAUGACCUCCACCCAGAAGCCACACUUUUUCAGGAUCAUACACCCUUCGUUUCUUACACAUGGAUACCCUGGAAUUCCUCAGACUUUUCUAAGAGAAUAUGGAAACAGUCUCUCACAUUUUGUGUUCCUCCACCUUCCCACUGGCGCUGAAUGGCGAGUAGAAUUGUUGAAACUCCAUGGUGAGGUUUUGUUCAGCACUGGAUGGCAGCAAUUUGUUGAACAUUAUUCUAUAGAAUAUGGGUAUUUCUUACUAUUCAGAUAUGAAGGCGAUUCACAUUUCCAUGUGCUUGUAUUUGACAUGACCGCUUCUGAGAUUGAAUAUCCAUAUGCUACUGAUCCAACCAUUGACCAUGCCCACCACCAAGUUUCUCUUGAGAUUUUGGAUGAUUUUCCACCCUCCCAAACAACAAACCAUGUAGACAUGAUCGAUAUUACCUCUAGUGAAGAAGAGUUCCACCCUAAUGAGGCAAGCAGUUUGCUCAAGUCUGAGGAAAUUGAGAGUGACUUUCCACCAACCCAGAAAACAAGCAAGACAAGAGGAAAGAAUUCUUCUUUGAAACCUCAUAACGCUUGCAGUUCCCACACAUAUCAUUCUUCCAUUCCAGAUUGCAGGGAUGGAGCUCUGCAAAGAGCUAAAGUUUUCAAACCCCAAAAUCCUCUUCAAAGAGCUAAGGCUUUCAAACCCCAAAAUCCUUUCUUCAUUGUCACCAUGGGAUGGUCUUAUGUCAAUAGACACAAUGUGACGGUACCAUUCCGUUUUUUGAAGAGGCACUUCAGAACUGAUAACACCAAUACAACCCUUUCGGUUUCAGAUGGAAGAGCUUGGUCUAUCAAGUACAUUAUGGGAGCAAGAAGUGCGCAUUUCUCUGCUGGUUGGAGAAAGUUUGCAGAAGAUAAUUCUUUGGAAGUAGGUGAUGUUUGUGCCUUUGAGCUGGUAAAAUGCACUGAAACUUCACUCAAGGUUGUCAUAUUUAGGAAAAAAGAAGAUGGAAAUGGCCGCCUGCAGCAUUGAAAGAAGAAAAUCUUUUGAAUUAGGAGUUGAAGGCUCAAUUUUGCAUGCUUUUUGAAAGAGUUCAGAUGAAUUUUGAGUUGUAUUUUGAUGGUCUUUAAAUCUGAAA